CUAUUUGCCCGGGCUCCUCAUAUCCCGCUGGCCUACAACCGCAUCCUCAUCAUAUCCCGCUGCACCACCACUCCACCACCUAUUCCACCUCCGGCCGCGGAUACGCCACGGCCAUCCACCUCUUGAGCUCCGAGCACUCCGGCUCACCCGUUGCACUUCUCCGGCACCACUGCAGCUCCUCCCUUCGAAUCGCCGUCACGCCCACUUGCAGCACGCGAGCGGGCUGCUGAGCCAACACCGGAAGGAGCCUCGGUAUUGAGAUGUCUGCACCGGUGGUCAGCGCCACCAUGGGGGCGAUGAACCCCCUCAUAGGCAAGCUCGCCGCACUGAUGGGUGACGAGUACAAGAAGCUCACGUCAGUCAGGAAGCAGGCCUCGUUCCUCAAGGAUGAGCUCAGCGCCAUGAAAGCUCUCCUUGAGAAGCUUGAGCUCAUGAAUGAACUGGAUCCCUUGGCCAAGAACUGGAGGGAUCAUGUGAGGGAGAUGUCCUACGACAUGGAGAAUUGCAUCGAUGACUUCAUGCGAGACCUUGGAGGUGCCGAUGCCAAGAUGGGCUUUAUAAAGAAGACGGCUAAACGUCUCAAGACGCUGCGGAAGCGUCAUCGUAUUGCUGAUCGGAUGGAGGAGCUCAAGGCUCUUGCUCUACAGGCAAAUGAACGACGCAUGAGGUACCUUAUUGUAGUAGAUGACUUAUGGGAUCAAUCAACAUGGAAUAUUAUAAGUUGUAUCUUUCCGGAAGUUGGUAAAGGAAAUAGAGUAAUAGUAACUACACGAAUGGACGAUGUGGCUAUGUGCACUUGUCGCAACAACCGUAAGUGUGUUUACAAAAUGAAACCCCUCAAAGAAGAAGACUCAAGAAUGUUGUUCUUCAAUAGAGUAUUUGGAUCCGAAUAUGAUUGUCCACCCCAGUUUAAAGACGUUUCAGCUGAAAUAUUGAAGAAGUGUGGAGGGUUGCCACUUGCAAUCAUCACUAUAGCUAGUCUAUUAGCUAAUCGUCAAACAAGAUCAAAGGACGAGUGGGAGAGUAUAAUAAAUUCUUUGGGCGCCAAGUUUGCCACAAACCCCACCUUGGAAGAGAUGAGGAGUAUACUAAACCUUAGUUACAUACAUCUUCCCCUUCAUCUUCGUCCAUGUCUCCUGUAUCUUGGCAUGUAUCCAGAAGACAAAAAGAUCAAGAGGCAAGAUUUGGUUCUACAAUGGGUAGCGGAAGGCUUUGUCAAUAAUUGUCAUGGACUAGACUUCGAGGAUGUUGGGAAGAGUUAUUUUAAUGAGCUUAUCAAUAGAAGCUUGAUUCAGCCUACUGGAACCUCAAAUUCUGGAGAGGUGGAAUAUUGCAGAGUACAUGAUAUAAUGCUUGAUUUGAUUGUCAGCAAGUGUGCGGAAGAAAAUUUUAUCAGCGUGGCAUAUAAUUGUGAAGACAUGGCAAGAAUGCAUGCCUACGAGUACAAGGUUCGUAGAUUGUCCUUGAAAUCAAGCGCCAAUGAUGCAACAUUGGGGAUCAUUGGUGCUAGCAUGUCACAAGUUCGAUCAUUUGCACAGUUCGGAGAGUCCAAGUACACACCUGCUCUUUCAUUAUUUAAGUACCUUCGGGUGCUCGUGUAUGACUUCCCAUACCAGAGGGGCACGACAGUCGACCUCACUGUUAUUGGUCAAUUGUUUCAACUAAGGUAUCUGAGUGUUUGUGCAUUCGCAUGCAUCAUAGAUCUCCCUACUGAAAUUCGAGGGCUUGUUCAUUUGGAGACGCUGGAAAUAUCUGGCCAUUCAGCACAAAUCAUCCCAUCAGAUAUUGUUUGCUUGUCACGGUUGUCUCGUCUAACCCUUCCCUAUGGUACGUGUUUGCCUCAAGGGAUUGCGAGCAUAAAAUCGUUGCGUGAUUUGCACUGCUUUGAGAUUGAGAAGAGUUCGCUAGAGGAUAUUAAUGGACUUGGCGAGCUGACCAAUCUGAGGUACUUGGGGUUCCGCAGCCAAGCAAUGAUGACGGAGGUAGUUGAUGCUUUGGUAUCCUCAAUUGGAAAGCUACGUGACCUCAAGCACCUCUUCAUUCAUAAUGAGCCUUCUAAACACUAUUGCGACCCCAUGUACUCAUUUUCAAACCCUCCUCUUCAUAUUGUGGAACUUCGUCUGGGAGGAUGGCGUUUGAAGGGAAUUCCCAGUUGGAUUGGAAAGCUCCAUUGCCUCCGCAUCCUGUAUCUGUCGAUUGGGAACUUGUCAACUGACGUGGUUCAUGUUGUUGGAAAGCUGCCCUCCCUCGCCGAGCUCGUUCUCACGGCGUUGCAUGUCACCGGAGACAGGGCUGCUGCUAUAAUCUGCAUGGGAUCAUUCCCUGUCCUGGAGGUCCUUAAACUCAUCUCUGAUGGUGAUGAUGAUGCUACGACAUGCAUGGAGUUCAAGGCGGGGGCUAUGCCCAACCUACGCGAGCUCACUCUAGGAAUACGUGAUGGAUGGGGUGGUGUUAUGCCACUAGGUAUGGAGAACCUAUUGGCCCUCGAGCGCAUCUACGUAAGUGUUGAAUCCUCUGUCCACAAGCAUUGUGAUGUCAAGACUGCCUUCACGAGCGCCGCCGAUCUGCACCCAAGAUGUCCUUCCGUUAAAAUCUAUCCGCCUUCUCUAUAACUUAAAUAGCCCCCCCUUGUAUUACUUCUUUUAUUCAUUCUCCCAUUUAUUCACCGAGUGUGGGUCCUGUUUACCAGCUAAAGACACUGCCCUUGUGAUAUGAUAAUAAGGAAAGGGCCAAGGCCGCCCUCUUCUCUUUUC